GGGACACACAUGUCUUUCUCUUUGUUGAUGUAGACUCCCCUUCUAGAAUCUACUUCACUCUCUCUUUCCUUUUCCCUUUUAACCCUAAAUCCUCCUCUGUAACUCUUGAUUCUUUCUUCCUCAAAACCCUUGAUUCCUUCCUCUUCGACCCCUGAAUCCUUUGCAACUCUGGAUUCUUUCUUCUCCGAAUCCUUUAUUCCUUCUUCUUUGACCCCUAAAUCCUCUUCAACUCUUGAUUCCUUCUUCUUCGAACCCUAAAUCCUCUGCACCUUGUGACUCCUUCUUCUUCAAACCCUAAAUCCUCUACACCUUGUGAUUCCUUCUUCUUCGAACCCUAAAUCAUUUGCAUUUUUUUAUUUCUUUUUCUUCCCUUGAACCUUAAAUCCUUUGCUAUUUGUCUUUUAGAUUUUGGGUUUGUGAGAAUCAUAACGUGGAAGGUGAUUCUACACAGAGUCUGAGUUCAGGUUCAUUUGAGAGUGGAAGCAUGGCAGAUUCUAUAAAGUACAAAAACGAAGAGUAUAGAUGCAAUUGUGGAUUAAAUGCUAUUAUACGGACUUUGUUUUACUUUUCAAAACAUGGGUAAGAGGUUUAGAUGUUGUCCUAAGAAGAAGGAUCCUUGCAAUUACUUCCAUUUCCUAGCUGGUGAGGAAAGGAUCAAGGGUAGAGCGAUGGAGUUGCUAUUGGUUUUGAAAAAUAAAGAAUGCAAAGUCGUUAAAGAGAGAAAUAAUGCAAGAAAACAAUGUGCUUGUGUUGGAAAAUGGAAGGUUGAUGGAGGAAAAUGGGAAGUUGUUGCAAGAAAAUGUGCAAUUGAAGGAACAUAGUGGAUUAAUGGAUAGAAAGGUAAGAGUUUUGGAGAAGAAAGUGAAGAAGGUGAAGAAGAGAUACUCAAAAGUUGUGAUGAUCAAUGCAGUCAUUUGUUUGGGUUUUUUUUUUUUUUUUAAUGUUAAUUUUCGUUGCUUUGAUUUUUGGUGUAUUUAUACUUAGAAGCACUAGAUAUUAUUAUUAGGCAUGUGGCUCUUGGUUGUGGUUUUUGUAAUUCAAUGUAAGAGAUGCACUGCUUAAAUAUAUCUAUUUUUGUUAU